AGUCCGCCCCCGGAGGAAGCGGAUCCAUCAGUCUGCUUGGAGUCCUGAUCGCGAUCCGGUGUUUCCCUUGCUCGGUCGUCCGGGUCCCCCCCGCCCCCGGGCUCUGACGCGUCCUCUGCGGGGUUCCGGUGAGCUGUGAGCGGCUCCGUGUCUCCGACCGGACGGCGGGAGAGAUGCGGCGACUCCUGCAAGGAGGAAGAGGAAGAGACGGACCGAGCGAACAGGAGGUCUGAGCCGCUUUCUUCUGACCGUCACAGGUUUUUGGCAGUCAUCACUAUGACUGAUGGGGAUUAUGACUACCUGAUCAAGCUGCUGGCUCUGGGGGAUUCCGGUGUGGGGAAGACCACCUUCCUGUACCGAUACACUGACAACAAGUUCAACCCCAAGUUCAUCACCACAGUCGGCAUCGACUUCAGGGAAAAGCGAGUGGUGUACACGACAUCCAACCCUAAUGGGACAACUGCAGGGAAAACCUUCAAGGUCCACCUUCAGCUCUGGGACACAGCUGGCCAGGAGAGGUUCCGCAGCCUGACGACGGCGUUUUUCAGGGACGCCAUGGGGUUCCUGCUGAUGUUUGACCUCACCAGCCAGCAGAGCUUCCUCAACGUCAGAAAUUGGAUGAGCCAGUUACAGGCCAAUGCCUACUGUGAGAAUCCAGACAUUGUGUUGGUGGGAAACAAGGUGGACCUGGCCGACCAGCGGGAGGUUCCAGAGAAACAGGCCAAAGAGUUGGCUGAUAAAUAUGGAAUUCCAUACUUCGAGACGAGUGCAGCGACGGGCGCGGAGGUCGACAAGGCAGUGAUCACGCUGCUCGACCUGGUGAUGAAGAGGGUGGAGCAGUGUGUUGACAAACCGCCCGCUGAGUCGACCAAUGGGAAUGGAGCCACUAAACUGGGCGGGGCUCAGUCCAGCGAGAAGAAAUGUGCAUGCUAGUUUCAGAGAGGGAGCAGUCGGCGCUCCUUUGUUGUCUCUUCGUUCCACUCGUUUUACUCCCUCUUCUGUCGGCAUGUUUUCUCGUCUGUUCUCUUAUUUUCCUUUUUUCCAUCCAUCCUCACGCCACUCUGGCCUUAACACAAGAUAUCCCCCUCUAGUGGAUAUUCUGGAGUAAUGCAGUCUUUAUCUGCACGUGCGUGAUGGUGAGUUUCAGGAGAAAAUGAAAAAAAAAAAAAACAUUUUAUCAGCUCCACAUGGAGUUUAAAAACAGUGUUUUACUGCAUGAAUAACUUCAACAGGAAAUCUGUUAAAACAUUUAUUUCAGUUCUUUCAGACUUUGUUCUAUGUGUAAACUCAUAUCUGACAUUUAAAAAAAAAAUCUAACGACUUUACACCUUAUUGUUAACGAAUAUGCUUUUCUUUAAAACUGACAGAAACAGACUUCUGUAAAAUUGACUUUUUCGCAAAACUUUCCACAGGAAAAAUUCUUAGCUUGCAGUCAGUUAAAUUCUGAGUUAGAAAGAGUUUAACAUCGGGACGUUUAACAUUCUUGCUGCAACCAUCAGCAAGACAUGUAUGGCUUUAUUAUUAUUAUGAUUAAUGUGCCCUUUGAGGACAAAAUACAAAAGUAUUUUCUGGGAUUUUUUUGCCGCUAAUAUGACAAGUUUUAUCUGUUAGCAGAUUUACUUUGAAACUAGAAUCACUCAAAGAAUAAAUGAAUGAUAAUUAUUACAUCAGACUUAGUUCUGACUUUUUUCCCCACCAUGCCAGUUUGUAUUUACAUUUGGACUUCAGUCUAAAUUUAAUGAAAAAAAUUAAAAUAAAUCAAAAUUGUGGAAAAACAAUUUGACUCAUGUAAUAUAUGAGCUCGCCAUGUGAGGCAGCACUGAGCACAGUGCAGCAGUUAAAAAGAGUAGAAGAAAUUUAGUGUCAUGUUUAAUUUUUUUACCACGUCUUUGUUUGUGCCACGUUGUGUUUUUCACAUUCUUUGAGUUUAACUGUUUACUUCAUAACUUUGACAUAAAUAAUCAACUAGUUU